AUGGCGCAAGAGCGCUCUCCCGCUGCCGUGGAGGCUUACGCCCGUGGGAUUGCGGCUUCCAUCAUCGCACACUACCAUCAGCCCACACCGAAAGGCAAGGCGUACUUACCGUUGAGCCCGUUCGCCAUGCUCGAGGCGGUAUUGUUUGCUGGCAUCGCCAACGAGCAUAUACUCGGCACCGAUGCCAUUUCUUCGCUAGACAAGAUUGAUCGCGACAAUGUUCAAUUGUACAUCAAGUUCCGCGACCUUCGCCCCAAACUUCACCUUGGCAACGUUUUCACCAAACUUGCGAUUGGGCCUGGCGACGAUACAGACGAUGACCCAGAUCGCUGUCUUACAGCACUCGCUAAUUUCAUAAAAGCGCUUGACCGUGCCGCGGACUCAGCGCGCGAGACGGACACAAGCACGUUCGGCGCGCAGUCCAAAGGCAUCGGGCUCAAAUACGCCGCCAUGGUCACUGAUCCCGCUCCUCAAGUUAUCCCCACCGACCCGGCGAGUCGCGGGUUCAACGACAGAACGUGUGGUCGUGAACUCUGCCCACACGAGCUACUAGAAGAAUUCGACACUAAUGAUACGCUCAUCGAAGAUUUCGCCAACUAUCGGCGCGAUGUGUGCGCCGGCCAGUGGCCAACCUUUGCAUACGCUCGCACGACGCCUCACAACCCCGACAACAUUCGUGAUGGCCUCUUCGAUGCGGCCAUUAUGUAUUUGUUCGCCAUGCAUAUCAUCUGCGGGCCGAUGUACGCCCUGACAAAUGGCGCCAAACACGGUGGUGGUGUAUCGCGUGGUACGACCAAUGGCUACGUCGGUAUCGAGCCGGAAAUCAUUGCCUACGUCGCUGUUCAAGUUUGGUACUUCUACUCGUCGGCUACCAAAUGGCGCCCGGAAAUCGCAGGGUUCAACCUCGCGAUCUUCCAUUGCAAUAUCGUUGCGCUGUUCGCCGAUCGCGCCAACCCAUGGGUCAUCGAAACCCUCGCUUGCUGGAACAGCCAGAUCAAGCCAAAGGCGAAGAAAUCGAAGCAGCUCAAGAAGCGCAAACGUGAUGGUGCGGCCGCCCGCAAACCGAACGACCCGCGCGAAACCGCCGGUCUUGAUCUCGCGCUUCGACAAGCAGCUGCUGCCGCUGCCGCCGCUGCCGGCCCAGCUCCACCGCCACCGCCACCUCGUUCACCAUCACCCGCCCGCAAUAUGGAUAUCGAUCCUGGCCUUUCGAACGCGCCCAUGCCUGUGCCACCCACGCACGUCACCACACCGCCGCAACGGGCGACCCCACUUCCUCCGUUGCCGCCGCCACAACCCUCGGUCUCGCGCACAUCAACGCAACAGCCCCUCCCUCCGGCUUCUGCGGCACCGUCGAAUGGUGCUGGUACUGGCGGCAUCGGUGGUUUGACGAGUGUGGGAGAAGGUCUCGAACAGGACGUCUCACCUCCCACAAGGAAGCGGAAGCGGAAGGCAAAGAAGCAAGAUGGCCCCGAAUCGCCCCACCCCGCGCCUCAAAAGUCUCUUAGUCUAUCUCGUUCGGACAACUCCGGCCUCGUGAGUUUUCUCCUCAUGACCUAA